AAAAAAAAAGCCAUCUAUUCUAGACUUUCUAGUACAGUAGUUUAUAAACCCCCGAAACCCUUCUUCUGUUUCUCUGUUUGUUCCUCCAAAUGUCGAAAGACUUCACCAUUUUCCCUCUUCAAACUAAUCUCACUUUCUAUUAAGAUCAGAGAAUUUCUUAAUAUCAUUUGUCUCGAUUUUGGUUGGAGGCGGCGGAAUUAAUGGCGUACAGGCGGAUAAUCACAGCUCGAGCGAAGCUCUUCUAUCAACAUCGACAACGAAUUUCUCCUUCAAUUUCUAAUAUUCAUAGCGACGAUGAUGAUUCUCACGAAUUGCAAGCGAAACCGAUCUCGAAUUAUCCUGAAAUCGGGAAUUAUAUUCACAACCGAUUUUUUGUAGGCAGAGAUAAUUUCAGCAAUUACCGCCGACCGACAAGCGCGCUUCAAGAUAGGAGAUUUUCUGUUCCGGCGGGAUUCGGAUUUGGCUACGGCCGGAAUUAUUCGAGUGCGAGAGUUGGAGAAGUGGCGGCUGAUAAAAUUGAUGUUCUGAAUGAUGUGGUUGUUGUGCUGGGGGAUAAGGCUGUGGAGGCUGCUCCAGCGAUGAAUGAGGUGGCCAUUGCAGCCGCGGAUUCGUUUGCUCCAGUGGCCGCCCUCCAGUAUCUGAUUGAUUAUGUACACUGCUUUACUGGUUUUAAUUGGUGGGCAUCCAUUGUUGUGACAACUCUUAUUAUUCGUUGGCUUCAAAUUCCUCUUCUCAUACAUCAACUGAAGUGCACUUCAAAAUUUGCUCUUUUAAAACCAGAAAUGGAGGCAGUUAGGGACGAAAUGCAAAAUAAGGGCAUGAACCCCAGUGCUGUUGCUGAAGGUCAGAUGAAACUGGACGCACUGUACAAGAAAUAUGGUGUAUCCCCAUUCACCCCUUUAAAGGGACUUUUAAUUUCAGCACCCAUUUUUUGCUGUUUUUUCUUUGCCGUUAGUAACAUGGCUGAAAAAGUUCCAUCUUUUAGGGAUGGUGGAAUAUUAUGGUUUACUGAUUUGAGUACUCCGGAUAGCUUAUAUCUGUUUCCAGUUUUGAGUGCACUGACAUUUUGGAUUACAGUGGAGAUUAAUGCACAAGAAGGUAUGGAAGGCAAUCCUAUUUCUACUGCUACCAUGAAAAAUGUCAUGAGGGGCUUUGCAGCAUUGUCAAUUCCUCUCACUGUAGGUUUCCCGAAGGCUGUAUUUUGUUAUUGGAUUACCUCCAGCCUGUUUUCGCUGGGGUAUGGUUUAGUGUUAAAGAGACCCGAAGUUAAGAAGUACUUGGGUAUACCAGAUAUACCUGUCACACCACCUUCAACUGACCAGAAACCUCUCUCACUUUUCGAAUCUCUAAAGAAGUAUGCAGACGCCCAAGCCCAAGCCCAAGCCCAGAAACAACAGUCUCUACCAUCAUCUUAUGAAGUACCGAAACCUAUGAGUGGAAGAAUAGCCUCUACAACUGCCCUUAAUGGAGGGAUUAAGGACUUGGAUAAAAAAGUCAAAGGAAGGAAGAAAGGGAAGAAAAGGUGAUUCACAGGUUAAACUAGGUCGACAGCUUUGUUCGUUGAUUAGCGGCUUCUGUUGUAUCCAUAUUUACUUAUUUUUAUUGAUUCGGAUAUUCAAGGCUUUGUUUUGUAAUAAAAGAUUUCUGUAGUUCAUGGUCA